AUGUUGAAACUUGUUCUUGUUGGUGAUUAAAAAGUUGGAAAAUUAAGUUUAAAUUUGAGAUAUUCUUUGAAUGCUGAACCAGGCUCUAAUGCUUGCGAUUAUCCAUUAGACUAUUAUAGCAGGAAUAUAACCAUAGGCUAAAAGGACAUUGAAAUUCAAACUUGGCACUAUAAUCAUGAAGUGAGUAGAUAUAUUUAAUAAGCCUUCAUUUAUAGGAAAGCUCAAGGGAUAAUAAUAUGCUAUGCUAUCGAUGAUAGAUAGUCUUUUAAUAAUGUAUAAAAAUGGAUCGAUUAAAUAAAGCAGUAUAGUAGAGAAGACAUAGAAUUAAUAUUAAUUGGAACAAAAUGUGAUUAAGAGGAUUAAAGAUAAGUUAGUUAUAAAGAAGGAAAAUAAUUAGCCGACUAAUUAGGGAUAUUAUUUUUCGAAACUUCAUCAUAAAAAGACAUAAACGUAAAGGAAGCUUUCAAUGUAAUAAUUAAUAACAUAAUAAAUAAUAAAGAUCUUUAAAAAGAAAUUCUUAACUCAAGCCAUCAAAGCUUAAGCAGCAAAACAAGCACUUAAAGUUAGUUUUGCUAUUCAAGCUGA